GAAAACUAUCAUAAAUUAUCCGGAAAUUCAGAUCCAGGGUCUCGAUUCAUCCACACAGCAGCAACAGCUGAAUGCUAAAGAAUUCCCACUAAGUAAUAGUGAAAUACCAGAGCACGUCGCAAACUUCGAUUUCAGUUUACCUAAUGGACACCUAGCAAGCUAUCACUCUUAUGAUCUCAAGGGAAAAAAGCGAGCAAUCGAUUGCCCUCCAAAGAAGAAGCUUAGGGAGGAUGACAGUGGCAAUGUAGCUGUAGGUAGUAGUGGAAGUGUGAGAUCACCACUUCCUAGUCCAGUAGCUAGUCCAUCUAGGAUGGAAACCACCACGGAAUGGGAUGACAGCGUGAGCAAUAACGCUAAUAACAGUAAUACACUCCCAGUAUUACUUUCAUUCCCUCACCUACUCAAUGUGUAUCCAACUUUGUCCACAGCCACUCAAUCGCAUAUUCUCCUCAAUUUACUCCGCUUAUCAGAUAUUUCGUCAAUUAGAAAUGUGAACGAUUUCAUUAAACCUGCAUUACAAAAAGAUUUUAUUGGGCAAUUACCUUUAGAAAUUAGUUCUCUUAUACUUAACUUCCUAGAUAUAAGGGAUUUGGCGAGAUCGGCAUCUGUUUCAAAAACUUGGAAGAAAAUUGUCGAUCAUGAUAGAGCCGCUUGGAAAGCUGCUGGUAUACGAGCAGACUUGUGGUUUGGCGAUGAAGAACAUUUAGCUAAUAAACGUCAGGAGGUGUAUCUUAGUGCGAAUAGAACACGUCAUAAGGAGCGGCUAAAUAUGGAAAAGGAGAGUGAUACUGAAAUGGAUGGAACCAGAACACCUUUGACACCUCCGCCAAUGUCUAAUAUUAACAGUAGUUCAGAAUCUCCAAAGAAAUUGACAAAUACUUGGAAGUAUCACCCAUAUAAGCAUAUAUUGAAAAAGAGACACACAAUUAGACAAAAUUGGUUCAAUAACGAACCAAAAGCUGCAUAUGAAUUUGAAAGGCAUGGUCAAAACGUCGUAACUUGUCUCCAAUUCGAUUCCGAUAAGAUCGUCACCGCAUCAGAUGGCGAUGACAAGAGUAUUGACGUUAGUUGUACAAAAACAGGUAGAUUAAGGAGAAGACUAAGAGGACACACUGGUGGUGUCUGGGCUCUUCAAUAUAUUGGUGAUACUUUGGUAUCGGGCGCUACUGAUCGUACUGUCCGAGUUUGGGAUAUACCAUCUGGAAGAUGUACUCACGUUUUGUCUGGACAUUAUUCAACUGUCAGAUGUCUGGCUAUUAUCAUGCCAAAAUAUAACAACCUGACUAAGGAGUAUGAGCCACCAUAUCCUAUUAUCGUUAGUGGAUCUCGUGAUUUCACUAUCAGAGUCUGGAGACUACCAUCUCCAACUAGAGACCAAACUUGGGAUCUUAAUGAUGGUGACGCAAAUACAGAGAAUAAUCCGUGGGCUAUGAAAUUACUCUCUGGACAUACGAACGCCGUCAGAAGUGUCGCGGGUGAAGGCAAAACAUUGGUUUCUGGUAGUUACGAUUUCACUGUUCGGAUUUGGAAUACCAUUACUGGCGAUGUCGAGCAUGUCCUCAGAGGUCAUAAUGACAUGGUUUAUAAGGUUGUCUUGGAUGCUCCUCGUAAUAAGUGCGCCUCCGGAAGUUACGAUGGUUCAGUUAAGGUCUGGUCAGUCGACCGAGGCGAGCAACUACAAUCGCUGGAUGGUCAUUCAAGUCUCGUCGGUCUUCUCGGACUGAACUCAUCGAGUUUGAUAUCUGCAGGCGCUGAUUCAAAUCUCAAAAUAUGGGACCUUAUGAGUGGUGAUUGUCAGCAUGUAUUAGAUGGACAUGACAGUGCCAUUAGUUGUAUGGCUCAUGACGAGCAGAAGAUCAUCUCAGGUAGUGAUGGAAUGCUUAAAAUGUGGAAUGCUAAAGAUGGAAAACUCAAGAAAGACAUACUUAGCAACUUAAUGCAUAUUUGGCAAGUCUCAAUGUCAGACAGAUAUCUCGUCGCAGCUUCUAAUAAAAUGUCCGGACAGACAUUCAUUAAUGUCUUUGACUUUGGUGUUGUCGAUGAAGAGGACGAGGAAAUUGAGUAUAGUAGAUUAAACUGGGAACCACAAUGGUGGGUGCCUGUUGAAAAGCAGUGAGAUAAAAUUAUGUUUGCAUUAUGUAAUUGUAUUCUUGCAUUUAUCCCUUUCUAUUGAAC